CUGCUGCUGCUGCUGCCGCCUCAUCCUGUGAGCCGGGGACAUUGAGGUCUUCCACAAGCAGAGGGAGCCACUGCUUUCCGAUAGCACCGUCCUAAUUGGCUCAGCGCUGAAUGCCAGAUCAGGAUGUGGAUACGGAGCCGCGUACCAGAGUAUAGCACCCGCUGCCCAUAGACAGCCUCGGAGCGGCUCCUCACACAACCCGGCGCCGCUGACCUCCGCUUCCACAGCUGGAUCACACUCACGGGCGAGAGGACUGGGACCAGAGGGGGAUACAGCCGCGCUCAGUGCCUGCACCAGGAGAGGAGCUGAGGACAGCCCGGGGAUGGAAUGAUCGGGGAGCCGGGAGAGCUGAGCGCUGCUGUUGCGGGGACUCCGCUCCGCCGGCCCGUGGCAUGGUGCUGACAUCCGCCCGCAGUGCUACCGCGGCUAGCAGCAUGGAGACGCCGCCUGUCCCCGCAGUAAACACUAAAUUAUGUCAGCAGAAGCCUGUGGAAAUAAAAGAGACCACAGAGAAAUUCUGUCCCGUCACUGUGAACCCGCGGCACACCAAAAAAGCUUUCAAGGUUAUGAACGAAUUACGAAGUCAGAAUUUGCUGUGUGAUGUAACGAUAGUGGCAGAAGAUGUGGAGAUAGCAGCUCACAAGGUUGUGCUGGCAGCAUGCAGUCCCUACUUCCAUGCCAUGUUUACAGGUGAGAUGAGUGAAAGUCGAGCGAAGAGAGUCCGGAUAAAGGAAGUAGACGGGUGGACCCUGAAGUCACUUGUAGAUUACGUUUACACUGCGGAAAUUCAAGUAACAGAGGAAAAUGUACAGGUCCUUCUCCCAGCAGCCAGUCUCUUGCAGCUUCAGGAUGUGAGGAAAACCUGCUGUGAGUUCCUGGAAUCCCAGCUUCACCCAACCAACUGUUUAGGAAUCCGAGCCUUUGCUGACAUGCAUGCUUGUACGGAUUUGUUAGUCCAAGCUAAUACCUUUGCAGAACAACACUUUCCUGAUAUUGUCCCUGGCGAGGAGUUUCUAAACCUUGGAAUAGAACAAGUGUGUAGCUUGAUUGCCAGUGAUAAACUCACUGUUCUUUCUGAGGAAAAGGUAUUUGAAGCAGUCAUAGCAUGGGUAAACCACGAUAAAGAUGUGCGCCAAGAGCACAUGUCACACUUGAUUGAACAUGUCCGUCUUCCAUUACUUUCAAGGGAUUAUUUAGUACAGAGAGUUGAAGAGGAGACGCUAGUGAAGAACAGCAGUGCCUGUAAGGAUUACCUCAUUGAAGCCAUGAAGUACCACUUGCUUCCAGGAGACCAGCGGACAUUGAUUAAAAGUGCACGAACGAGGCAGCGGACACCGGUCAGUCUUCCCAAGUUAAUGGUUGUGGUUGGAGGUCAGGCUCCUAAGGCCAUCCGCAGUGUGGAGUGCUAUGAUUUUAAAGAGGAACAGUGGCACCAAGUGGCUGAAUUGCCAUCAAGAAGAUGCAGAUCAGGUGUGGUUUACAUGAAUGGACAUGUCUUUGCUGUUGGUGGAUUUAAUGGCUCGCUCAGAGUGCGUACAGUAGAUUCAUAUGACCCGGUGAAGGACCAGUGGAUAAGUGUGGCGAACAUGCAGGACAGGAGAAGUACUUUGGGGGCUGCAGUCCUGAACGGGCUCCUGUAUGCUGUUGGAGGUUUUGAUGGUAGUACAGGCCUGGCAACAGUGGAAGCAUAUAAUGUGAAAUCUAAUGAGUGGUUUCAUGUUGCACCAAUGAACACUAGGAGGAGCAGUGUUGGAGUCGGUGUUGUUGGAGGUAUGCUCUAUGCUGUUGGUGGUUACGAUGGAGCAUCACGACAGUGUCUUAGUACAGUUGAAUGUUAUAACCCUAGUACAAAUGAAUGGAGCUACAUCUCAGAAAUGGGCACUCGAAGGAGUGGAGCAGGUGUGGGAGUAUUAAACGGAUUGCUGUAUGCCGUUGGAGGACAUGAUGGUCCAUUAGUAAGAAAAAGUGUUGAGGUUUAUGACCCCUCUACUAAUCUGUGGAAGCAAGUUGCUGACAUGAACAUGUGCAGAAGGAAUGCAGGUGUUUGUGCUGUAGAUGGUAUGAUCUACGUUGUUGGAGGUGAUGAUGGAUCCUGUAACUUGGCAUCAGUGGAAUAUUAUAACGCAUCAUCUGACAAAUGGAUACUUUUGCCAUCUUGUAUGAGCACAGGGAGAAGUUACGCAGGUGUUACAGUUAUUGAUAAGCCCUUAUGAUCCAAGCUUUGUCUUAAGAAAGCACAGGUAUUAAGUGAUGUGUGGCUUUAUAUGGCCUUCCUUGCUUGUGACUGCAAGCUGUGGCAGAGGAAAUGAAAGGCUUUUCGUCUGCAGUAAAAGCACAGCAGAGCCGCUGAAGAUUACCCUAGUUUGAAGCAUUGUGCAGAGUUAUUCUGUAUUGAGCAGCAGCUGUCUGGAUUUCGAUAUGAUUUGUGAAACAUUUUCAUUCACAAAACUUUUGCUUCCCUACUGCAAAAUAAAAAGCUGCUUUCACACCAUCCAGCGAUCGAUGACCAUGUUUGACUAGAGAAUGUAUUUAUACAGAAGGAUUUAAAGUGAUGUGAAUCUUGGUGAGGUAAAGUUGUUCUUUUCUCAUGGACUAUACAUUAUAGUUAUAUAUUUUCUGAAUCUACAUUGGUAGAAUGGUAGGAGUCAUAUUUUCACAUAAAAGGAUGCUUUUUCAGCUAUGUGAAUAAAAUCUGAACUGUGUGUGUAUGUCUGUGCAUACGUGUACUGUAUAAUUGUAAUUGCUGCUUUUUUCGAAGCGGUCCAGCUGUUGGAUUUAUGCACUAUUUAUAUUUGGCACACUCCUAGGAAAUUUGCCAGUACUGUUGUAAGACAGAAUUGUAAUUUUUUUUAUAUGUAUAUUUAAAAUUUGCCACAUAAAUUGCCCAGUGGCACUUUGUGGCCGGGGUAGGGGGGAUUAAAACAUGUAUUGCCAAAUGUUUUUAUAGAAAUAUAAAACAUGAUGAUUAUUUAUAAUGAUGUUUGUAUAAAUUUACACAUAAUUCAUUAUAAUUCCUUAUUUUGUGUGUGAAGGAAUUUUAUAGCAUGUAGGUGAUUUUCAGUUUUCCAAUAAGCUAAAGGAUAUCAACAGAAUAUGCAUGAUUCGUUUAACUAUUUGUCAGUGUAGUUAAAUUAUUUUAACCCAAGAGGAAUAAAUCUGCUGUGUUUGGCAGUGUUUAUUACCAGUACUGUUCUGUUGCUAUGAAUAAUGACUUAUGGAUUUAUUUUCCAACAUGACCCAGAAUUGUAUGUUCUAUUUGAUCAGAUAAUUCUCUCAAUAAAAUUUUUGUAUCACA